AAGUCAAGAGCCUGUACAACAAGUUUUCUCGUUCAGAUAUGAUACCAGUUAGCAGUAAUUCUAGGACAUACAUGAAGGACAAAAACACUGAUAUAUAAUCAGCCUGGUGUGAAGUGCUACUAAAUAGUAAAUACUAAUUGGGUUCAAACUUGGAGCAGGAAACAGACAUGGAACUGAACACCAUUGCAGCACAAAAUUGAUUUCUACAAGACAACGCUGCUUUUGAUCAGACAGGGACAGGAGGAUGGCUGCAAAACCAAGAUGAAUAUAAUCUCCAUCUCAGUUCUUCAGAACUCUUUCUUGUCCAUAUGUGCAGGCGCUCCUGAAUGAUAAACCAACCUUUCUAGAAUGUAAAGAUUCACUGGUUCCAAUGGUGAGCUUAUUGGCUUUACAUGGAAUAUAUGGAGAACAAGUUGAUAAUGACAUCUCCACUUCAAGUCCAAGAUAUUUACAUUGCACCAUCACCAAGCACAAUAAACCCCAUUAUGGCUGCCACCCCGGAGGGCCUGUCAGGCAUUGUCGAGCCGGAGCCACUGCCGCCGACAACCCACGGUGACUCACAGCAGCUGCCAAAUGACCUGUCCCUGGCAUACAUCUCACACAUGCUCAUGGAGGAGGACAUCACCGACAAAUUCCUCUACCAGUACCCUGACAGCCCGAAGCUCCAGCAGGCCGAGCAGCCCUUCGCCCAGAUCCUCUCUGCCGCUGCCACUGCCUCAUUCGGUGCGCAAGAAUCCUCGGCGCCCAGUAUGCUUGCCUCUGACUUGAUGCACAGCCAAGACAACAAAACAGACAUCCAUGUUUCCGGGUUCUUGUCCUGCAAGGUACAGGAUCCAGCCUUCUUGAAUGGCAUAUACGCCACAGAUCCUGAAAGUACACUGUUUCCCAGUGAGAGAAGCGCCAGCAUGGACAAACUGUCGAGCAUGGCAUUCUUCAAAGGCAUGGAGGAGGCCAACAUGUUCUUGCCCAGAGAUAAGAAGAUGGUAGAUGGUAGGGUGCGUAAGAACAGGUUUGACAUGGAUGGUGAGACGGAAGGUGGCAUGGGCAGGAGCAGCAAGCAAAUAGCAGUGCUGGUGCAGAGUGACUCGGAGGAGGAGGACACACUCAAGAUGUUGGACCGGCUCAUCCUCAAUGGCUACGACAACCGGCCAGGUGAGAUGCGGGAGGUACGCGCCACUCUGUACAAGGAGAACAAGGCACCAAAGAAGAGCAUCCCCAGGCGUGGGAGGCGCAGCGGUGCAAAGCAAACAGUGGUGACUGACCUAGAAACGCUACUGAUCCGCUGCGCGGAAGCAGUGGCCUGCAACGACCGGCGUAGUGCGAGCGAGCUUCUGGAGCGGAUAAAGCGGUACUGCUCGCCGACAGGGGACGCAAGGCAGCGGGUGGCUCAUUACUUUUCCCAAGGGCUAGAAGCACGGCUGGCCGGUACAGGGACUCAGUUCUACCGCUUGUCCACUGGCACCCGCACCUCUACCUUGGAGCUCGUCAAGGCCUACCAUAUGCACAUGGCCACCUGCUGCUUCAUCACGGUGGCAUUGCUCUUUUCCAACGAUACCAUUUACAACGCCGUCAAAGGGAGGAGGAAACUGCACAUUGUGCACUACGGCAUCAACACCGGGUACCAGUGGCCAAAGUUGAUCCGGCGGCUGGCGGAAAGGGAGGGCGGGCCACCAGAGGUGAGGAUCACGGGCAUUAACAGGCCACAGCCUGGAAUCCGUCCAGCUGGGCUUAUCGAGGAGGCAGGUGACCGGCUCAGCAAUUACGCAAACAAGUUCGGCGUGCCAUUCAAAUUCCACGCCAUCGCAGCCGAACCAGAGGCUGUCCGGGCUGAGGAUCUCCACAUCGAUCCUGAUGAGGUGCUCGUCGUGAACAGCCUAUUCGAUUUCAGGACCUUGAUGGACGAGAGCCUUACCUUUGACGAGGUAAACCCAAGGGACAUGGUACUCAACACUAUCCGGAAGAUGAAGCCAUCCGUGUUCGUGCAUGCCGUUGUCAAUGGAUCAUACAGCGCAGCGUUCUUCAUGACGCGGUUCCGCCAAGCAUUAUACUACUUCACUGCGUUGUUCGACAUGAUGGAGACUACAUUUCCAGAGGACAACAACAAGAGAGUGCUGGUGGAGAGGGAGAUUUUUGCUCGGUCCGCCAUGAACAUGAUUGCUUGUGAAGGCGCAGACCGGGUGGACCGCCCUCAUAACUACAAGGAGUGGCAGGCACGGAACCAGCGGGCAGGGCUGAGGCAGAUGCCAUUGAAUCAUGAUAUUGUUCUGAUGCUCAAGGAGGAAGUGAAGAAUCAGUACCACAAGAACUUCAUGAUCAACGAGGAUCACCAGUGGCUUCUGCAGGGAUGGAAAGGCCAGGUGCUAUAUGCUCUAUCAACAUGGACAGUGGAUGAUACCAGUGGUUCUGAGGAGACAUAGAUAGAUUGAAGUACCAAUGGAUAUAUAUUUGAUCUGGUGUUUGUCAAGGACAGCGUAGUACAUAGCUUGUCAUCAAUCUUUCAUACUUGUUUGUCUGUUGCAGCAUCAGAUGUGUGUUCAUUCCUUUUUUGUACCUGUAACUGAGUAAAAGAAACUAUGUUCAUCUGGUAAAAAAAAAAGAAACUAUGUUCAGGUUGUCAA